CGGCAAGAUGGAGACGUGAAGGGAGUGUUCCUUCAAGAUGUUGAACUUGCGGCCCAGAGACGGACAUUCUUAGCUCCAAGAUCCCCGUCGAAGGGCAAUGACAAGGUGUGUGCCAUGGCUGCUGCAGGAGACACAGAAGGGGAAAGCCUUAAGAGUGACUGGGAAGACUUCUGUGACAAGCAGGCCAGGAUCGCGGCCGCCGAUUUUGUCAAAUCGUGGCGAGUGUUUGUGGCUCUUCAGGCUCAGUUCAGGGACCUGGAGCACAAGGAGCUGGCACAGAAGUUCGCCGAGCUGUUCCCGGCGCACCUGGAGAAGGCGCUGACGAGCCCGCCCAACGGAGUCAAGGUGCGCAACGGCGUCGGCGAGGCCAGCGACCCCAGGCCAGCCUCGGCCUCCAAUCCAAGGGCAGCCUCGGCCACUAACCCAAGGUCAGCCUCGGCGGAUGACCUCCUGGAGGCUGCAGCAGCGAGCGAUGAAGGUGGCGAGUCCCCGUCCCCUCGCGUGGCACACAGACCCUUCUUCAGGAGGCUGUCUUUCAAGGGCCUCAAAAAGGGCAAGAGCAUCUUCCUCAAGCAGCACUCAGAUGAGGUGGAGCUCUCACCGCACCAUGACAAGCAGUCCAAGAAUGAGAGACACAAGGCGCGCACGGUAAAACUUGCGGUGGAGUGUGUUCGUGAGGGAACUGUGCACCUCCUUGCUGGUGACACUCAGGAAGGGCGCCCGCAUUGGCUCAAGUGCCGCAUGGCACUUGUCAAGGUUGCAGCUGGACAUAUGCUGGAAUUUUAUGCACCUCCUAAGAGUAUGAAGCCUCGUACUGGUGUAUUUUGCAUAUCAAUCAAUGAAGCAAGAGAGACGACAGACCUAGAAAUGCCUGACUUGAGAAACACAUUUGUUAUCAAGGCGGAUAGUGGGAAUGAGUGGGUAGUUGAGGCUCAGGAUCAGGAAGACAUGAAAACAUGGCUUACUACCAUUGUAGCUUAUUGCUGCUCAAAUGAAAAAGAACAGUCAAAGAAUUAUGAACUGCGGCCUGCAAUGUACAGCGUGAAGAAUGAGUCUUCACAGUCCCUGUCAGCUGCAGUCCCUGGAGGUGGAGGGGGUGGUGGCAGUGGUGGGGGAGGGGAGACUGCCGAGGCCCGACCAGAGCACCCACCAGACUUGCCUCCCAGAAUUCCAGGCACUACCUCACCCAUCUCACAACAGGCAAGUGGCAUUGUAGCAAGACAGAACAACCUCACAACACACACAAGAUCUCAGAAUGGUCUGGGUGAUUACUCCAAUGAGGAAAAUGUCAACAUACCUACGGAUGUGGACUUUUACUCAAGCCUCCGGGACUAUCCCUGGUUCCAUGGCACUUUGUCCCGCUGUGAUGCUGCCUCAGCUGUCCUUCAGGAGGCUGUGGCUGGCCAUGGGGUAUUCCUCGUGAGACAAAGUGAGACGCGGAAAGGGGAGUAUGUCCUUACCUUCAACUACCAGGGAAGAGCAAAGCACCUUAGGAUGACCAUUAAUCCAGACGGUGCAUGUCGCGUGCAACACCUCUCCUUUGCAACCAUAUUUGACCUGCUCGAGUACUUCCGUGACAACCACAUCCCAUUGGAGUCUGGCGGCACUUCGGAUGUCACGCUUUCUGAGUUUGUCAUUGCGGCAGACUAUUCGGCGCGGAACCAGGGAACAGGCCAAGCGGGAACGGACCGCAGGGCACCCAAUCUGCCUGAUACCAGAGAGGUCACUACUCAUGGUGGAUCUGUACGCAUGACAACUGCAGCUUUAGAAAGACUGCAGUAUGAACAAAGCAAUUCAGGUGGGUCAACAGGACGUGCUGUGGAGAACACUUACACGUAUACUUAAAGCCAUGCUCUUGAUUUAGAGGUGAUAAAAGCACAAGAAAAGAAGUUGACAUCAAGCAAUGUGUUGAGUUGGAGAUGCUUGUUGCUGGGAAGUUUGAAAUUGAAGCUCAAUUUCAGAGGCCUUUUUUACAGAUUUUAUUCACUGUAAGAACUGGGCUGAAGAAGUUUAUCAAUAUUUUUUCCCCUUUUACCCUAUGUUUGAUUUUAUGAGGGUAUACUUUCAAGCUGAGAUUAUUAAUUACAUGUAUUUAAUUCAGGGCAGUAUCUGAAGGAAGUUCAUGGUAACUUUCUUUUUUGAAAAUUAAUAGAACAUUCUAAAAAGUUCUUUUCAUUAUUUUGGAUUUAACUGAAUAUGAAAUUGAUUUUAUAUAUGUUGUGCCAUUUGUUUUCAUAGCAAUGCUUAAUUUGUAGAUUGACAAAGGAAUCAAAGACUUUGCUCUCUAGAUCAUUUUUGUAACCUUGAUGGAUAUGAUAUCAAAAUCAUAAAUAUCCUUACCAAUACUCCAUGAUUUAUUUUAGGUAUCACUUUUUUUUCAAAGAACUUUAUAAAUAAGGUUGUGGAUAGUUAGAUUUUUGACUUGUAACACUCCAUGACAUGCUGGAAAGAUGUCCACUGUAGAAAUUCCAAACUGUGGCAACUUUUCCUAAUAUGCAAGACGGGUGGAGGAAUGAGCUGGAGGUCGACCUAGAUGUUUGUAAAACUGAUAUGUAUUUUGGAGCAUGUUUCAUUUAUCACCUGGCUGAGAACCACCUCAAUUGAUGUGAUUAUAAAAUGCCUCUGAUAUACCACAUGCAGUGUUUCAUCAGACCCACUGUGAUUCGGAUAGGAUUAUGCAAUUCUUCAUUCACUCAAAAAAUAUGUUGGUUUCAUAAUACCAAAGUUAAGAUCAGACUUUGAAGACACUGAUUAUUUGACAUCAUUUUUAUUAGUGAUGAAUAUCUCCUGAUAAGUUCCGAGGGAUAGUUUCCAGUGCUUAAAAAUGCACAGAGGGUAGUUUACGGUCAUUUGCUAUUUUUGUUAUUGAUCUUAAUGAGAUAGCAUCCAGCAACUGGUAAUGAUUGCUGGCAUUUAAAUUAGGAGAUGUUUGUGCUUUAUGAACCAUUUGCCAUAUGAGAAUGGAGCAGUCAGCAGUUUAAUUUACAGUAUGUUGUAUUCCAUGUUAUUAGGUAAUUAUGUUUGUGUGAUUAGAUAUAGUUGUAAAGAGGAAUGCCGUUAAGAAUGUAGUUGACAUUAACAUAUACCAUGUGAGAUGCAUGCUUGAACCCCAGUUACAUAGGCUUAAGCUGUGUAUGUCAGAAAGCAGGUCACUCCUCCACCCAUUUGAUUGCAAUUAGGAGAUAUUUUUGGGCUUUGGAGAUCCAAUGUCCCUCUUUUUGUUAACAUGAUCAGAAGACUUUUCAAGUUCCAAUUUUGAGAAUGUAAACAAAGGCAUUACUGUAUAAGGCUGAUAUAAUAGUAUUAUUGUUUGCUUGUGUGUGAGCAUUCUUAGUUAUUCUGUUUUUAUUUAUUUAUUUAUUUUAUAGAAAAAUAAUGUGAAGUACUUACUGAU